CGGUAGGUUACAGUUUGACACGUAUAUUAUGUAGAGGUGAUUAAAUUGUUAAGUUUUGUGAUAUGAGGAAUAGGACUUGUUUCGUGUUAUCAAAAUGAUUUCGUCUCUUACGCUCCUGUUUUUAGGAGCUUUUUUAAGUCUAUCCGAAUGCGACUUGCCGCCGCACUUCAAAGGAUUCGAUGAUUCCUUGUUAUUCAAAAUCAACUGGCCUGGAAAAGAUGUUGAUAUAUUCGAAAAAGCUGAAGAAGAUGGUGAAUUCAUGUCUGUCACAACACAUGAAAAAGAAAAAUAUAGAUGUCUGUUACCGACUUUAAAAGAAAAUGAACAGAAUUCAGAUGAAGAUUACACAGGGCCCAACCCUAUCGAACUUUUGUCUCCAGCUUUCGAAACCUCUUCAUGUUCUUCAUUGCUUGAAUCUUAUUGGACCUAUGAACUGUGCCAUGGACGAUAUAUUAGGCAAUACCAUGAAGAGAGGGAUGGUAAAAAGUUCAAACUGCAGGAAUUUAUCCUAGGCCGAUGGGAUAAGGCCAUGACGGCAAAAUUAAGUGCCGAGUUUGAUAAAGAGCAAGCGGAAGGAAGGCCGCUGGUACCUCCGCUAAAGAAACUAGAUGGGAUUUCGUUACCAUAUGUGCAAUUGAACUUCACGGAUGGUACAUUAUGCGAUUUGAAUGGAAAACCUAGGAGGACAGCAGUAUUGUAUGUCUGUUUCGCUGGAACUAAAAAUGACAUAUUCGUUAUUAAAGAAACUUCUACCUGCGAAUACGAAGUUAUUGUAAUUUCAUCGGAACUUUGUAAGCAUCCAAAAUACAGGCCUAAGGUAACCGGUGAGAAUGAAAUAACCUGUCGCCCUCUCAAUGGCUCCCCCAAAAAGCCUAUGUCAUUACUGCAAAUGGAAACUGAUGCUUAUAAACAAAGGCACUAUUCUUCAUUUGGUGAUCCAAAGAGCGAAAAGAUGUUUGCUGUUUAUUCCAUCGAUGAGUAUCAAGACAAAGUUAGUAAAUUUAUUAUAGAUCAAGAUGGUAGAAUGCAAGUAAGAGUUGAAUUGAGACCAGUAGACGAACCCGACUUACCAUCAGCAUUAGAACCUCCAGCAACGACUGCUCCGGACGUACCGAUGCCUGUUGAACAAUUUCUCGGGGGCAAAGAAUGCAUCGAAGGAGGUAGUGGAUGGUGGAAGUAUAAAUUUUGUUAUGGAAAAUCUGUGGAGCAGUUUCAUAUUGAAAAACUGAAAGAUGGAAGUGAGCGGCGAAUUUCUAUUUCUUUGGGAAAAUUCGAUAUACACAGUCAUCUGGAUUGGCUGAAACGUAAUUCUCACAAACGUCCAAAACCGCUGUCUUCCAGGACAUAUGUUUCGCACUUUUACGGUGGAGGUGAUAUAUGCGAGAGCACUGGCAAACCUCGGGAAACUGAGGUGAAACUUAAAUGUGUCGAAGCGAGAGGAUCGGUUUCAAUUUAUCUAUUAGAACCUUAUGUUUGCCAGUACAUACUUGGGAUUGAAUCAUCUUUGGUCUGCGAGUUCAUCGAUAAAGUUGAUGAAAACGGCCUCGUAAAAUUGUGACCGUUGUGAUUUCAGUUGUGUAUAUGUGUGUAUAUAUAUACUUAAUAAAUGUACAAAUUUGAGUGACUUGUUAUUACAUUAUCAAGUUGAUGAAGAUCGAGGAGGAUGAAGAAGGAAAUCCAGAAGCCUUAUUUAUUUUUAAAGAACAAAAAAAAAUUUAAAUUAAAUUUUUGCAUUUAGUGUUCCAUUGUUGUUUUCAGCUGUGUUGUUCUAGAUUAUAAUUUAAUAAAAUUGAAAAAAAAUAAAGAAAAAAAGUGAGUCCAUCUUUUAUAAACUUUGUUAAUAUCUUAAAUUGCACGUAAAUUAGUUUAUUCAUUACUAAUUCACAAAUUGUUUCGAUUAAUUAACUGUGAUGGUUUACAUUUAAAUUGUGUAUAUUGGUUUGGAGACUGCAAUUAAAGUUUUAGUUGAUGGAUU